UCAAUGUGUAGAAUCAUGGGAUUAAAUGAUGAACUCAAACAAAGUUUAGAUAUAAACCAUCUUUAAAAAGGAGUUUAAUGGGAAAUGUGUUGUUUAGGAAAAGAGCUAUUGAUUAAUAAACUGAUCAUAAUGCAUUGAUUUAUAACUCAGAUCGAUUUGAAUGACUGAAUUAAAAUGAUUUUUGAGAUUUGCUGUGAAUUAGAGCCAUAAAAAAACUGAACUGAAAGUUGAUCCAUAAAACCAGUUUUCUGCUUUCCGUCAGGAUGAAGAUCCUUUUCAGAGAAAGAGGAAGAGGAGGAAGAGCAGCCGCUGCUUUCUGAGAACAGCUGCUGCUGAACAUAUAAACGGAGCCGGCCGGACCGGUCCGGCACCCUUCCAGAACCUCCGGAACCAUGAAGAUCCAGCUGAGCCUCUGCCUCCUGGCUCUCCUCUGCUCCCUGCGGUCCAGCUCUGCAGCUCCAGUCGGUCCGGGCGUGAUACGUGGUGCCUGUUGCCAAGGCAACGGCAACACGCCGAUUCCCAUAGGGAAAGUGAAGGAGAUGAAGAACUCUCCGAUUCACUGCAAAGUCAGAUCUGUCAUAGUCACCACUGAGAGCAACAAGAAGUUCUGCCUGGAUCCCACCUGGAGCUGGACCCAGACACUGAAGAAAGAGUUUGGGAAAGAAAAACGGCUCCGCUGAGAUCUGGAUCUGGGUCGGAACCGAGUCUGCUGGAGCGGGAAGAACCGCUCUGAUGUUUUAACGACACACUGGACGUGUCGCUGAUAGUUCUCCGUUUUUGCU